AAUGAUCAAAAAGAGAAAUUCAUUGAACAUAAUGGAAUUAGCAACUAGACUACCUUCUGGUUGUACUAAUCCUGUAUUAUAGUAUUAUAAUUUUAUAGGAUGCACCAUCUCCAAUUAAAUUCAUAAGGAAACUGACAAGGUAAGCAUCAACAGUGAAUGGAUCAUCUACAAAAAUUUAGACUUGUGUUUAAUCUGUUCCUAAUAAAACUUAGGAUGUGCUCUAAUAAUGUAUUACAAUAGUUGAAUAAAUCCGAUAAUAAUAUCAAGAAAGGUAGGCAAGUAGGUUUUUUCAUAUUCGUUCAUGUUCUAUGCCUUGUGACAGAGUAUCCAUAAUAAACUAAUUGAUUGACACAAUUUUGCCUCAAUCUCCAAGAAAACAAUAAAGAUCAUUAGAGUAAGGUAUAUAAUUUUAUACUUAGAGGAGAAAUUCAAUCUAUGAUGAAUCAAUUGAUAGAAGAAAAACAAUAAAAAUAAAAGGCAAUUGAUUAAAGAGAUAGUUUAACUAAAAGACAAGAUUAUUGUAUAAAAUAACUAGUAAGAAUUUUAUAUAUAUAUAUUUAUAGAAAUCUCGAAUUGAGCAAUAUAAAAAGUUAAAUUGA